GUCGGCUCUUCCCCCAGGCGAGACCAUUCUCGACCCACCAGGAGGGGUGGGGCAGUAAAGUUGGGGAAGGAGCGGGGGGGAGAGGAGGAAGAGGAAGCGGCCAUUGUCCGGUCAGCGCAGCCUCCGGGGAGGGGCGGGGAGGAGUGUGUAUUACGAAGUAAGCUAGACCCCGGGGCUCCGCCGCGGCUGCCGCUAGCCCACAGCGGGGGGACCAGGGGGGCCAGCGCCGCCACACGGGGACAUCUCUCGGGCCAGGGAGCGGCGGUGGGACCUGCCGAGGGCGCCGGGUCUUCCCUCCUCCCCCGUGGGUCCCUCCUUCCAUCAACACACCUCCUACCCUUCCUCUCGGGCUCCCCUCCCCUCACCACGCACCGCCUCUCCCACCCCUGUUUCCGCAGGCCGAGUGGUGCGGCCCGCCUCCAGCUGACCGGCCUGGAAUCCCGGCUCCGAGCCCCGGACUCGCGCCUGCCCGCGCGCUCCCCCUCCCCCCGCCUCGAGCCCCCCGACGCCGCCGCUGCCGCCUCCGCCUCCUCAGCCUCCGCCUCCGCUUCGUCCUCCACGGGCCCAGGCCGCCGUCGCCGCCGCUGCCGCUGCCGCCGCCGCCGAGCACCGCUGCCGCCGAGCACCAUGGGAGACGCCGGGAGCGAGCGCAGCAAAGCGCCCAGCCUGCCGCCUCGGUGCCCCUGCGGCUUCUGGGGGUCCAGCAAGACUAUGAAUCUCUGUUCCAAAUGCUUUGCUGAUUUUCAGAAGAAACAACCAGAUGAUGACUCCACUCCCAGUACAAGCAACAGCCAAUCAGAUUUGUUUUCCGGAGAAAUGAACAGUGACAACAGCAAUACCUCUUUAACUACACCGACUGUUAACUCCAACCAGCAACAGCUUUCGACAGAAUUGAAUGUAACUUCCACAGGCAAAGAGGAGUGUGGGCCAUGCACAGAUAUAGCUCAUGUCUCAUUAAUCACGCCAACCAAAAGAUCCUGUGGCACAGAUUCACAAUCUGAGAGUGAGGCUUCCCCAGUGAAGCGGCCACGGCUACUGGACAGCAAUGAGCGACCUGAGGAAGCCAGCCGUUCUAAACAAAAGAGUCGGCGCCGCUGCUUCCAGUGCCAGACGAAACUCGAGCUGGUCCAACAAGAGCUGGGAUCCUGUCGCUGUGGUUAUGUGUUUUGUAUGUUACAUCGCCUCCCUGAGCAGCACGACUGCACGUUUGACCACAUGGGCCGCGGCCGAGAGGAAGCCAUCCUGAAAAUGGUGAAACUGGACCGGAAAGUGGGGAGAUCCUGCCAGCGCAUUGGGGAGGGCUGCUCCUGAGUGCGAAGCUCGGCAGCCAAACCCUGUUCUUAGUUCACUAAUGUUAGCCUUAUUUAGGACAGAGUCAGCCAGACACCUUGUACUGGGCACGUUUCAGACUACAGCCAAUCCGUUUCCUUUCUUUAGCCAGCCGUCCUGGUACUGUAGUUUAGGGGUUGAUGGUGGUUGAAAUUGAUUUCUGGCUGGUUACGAAGGUGCCUGCUAGCCACUGUAUAAAAUUAAAACAUGAAGAAUAUUUUUUUUUGAGCAUGGCUAGUGGAUUUAAAACAAAACAAGCAGAUGUCAUUGCUGGAGUCAAAACUUACAAAAAAGCCUUAAGCUGAAAAUGGUCCAGACGGAGACUUUAAGUAAAUAGAGGAGUAGAAGCUGGUAUUUAAAACAGUUCCUGAGACGCACAUGGCCUUGCCAGAAACUCUGUGUUUAAUGUACAGCCUUUUCACCUCUUCACUUAUCCUUACUCCCAGCCCCCAGAGCUCCCAGUCAGCCCCUGUGCCAGGGCUAUCAAGGUUGCCCACAGGGCUAGAGGCCAGAGUGGCAUCCAGGGGAAACUCCUAGGAGGCUGGAAAGGUGGGGGCAGAGGGAGGAGGGUGAAAACUUCUAUACCAGACUUAACCUUGGAAAAUCUGUCUUAUUCACUUGAAGAAGAAAAAAAGAGAAAGCCUUGCUUUGAACCUUAGCUCCACCCUAGACUAGGCCACAGAUACAUUUUUCUCCCCAGGAUCUAUAGACUCAAUUGGGCUCAUGUGGCCUGCUUGGGUCAGUACUGGCCAGGGAAACUGAAACCUGGUUGACUCUUAUUUGCCAUUUGCUGGGUGCAGGUAUCUGAUCAUUGAUUCAAUAAGGCUAAAUCCCAG